AUGACGACGCCAUCGAUCACCUCAAACGAGCUGAAUUACCUCGUGUUCCGGUACCUCCAGGAAUCAGGUCAGUCUCAUGCGUAUCUCCCAUUUGGGCCGCUCCGGCGAUCAUAUCCAUUGGGACGGAUGUCUUCUAUGGUUCUCCUAGUUUCUUCUCCCGCUUUACUCUCCCGAGUUUUUCUGUGGAGAAGCUGGGUCGCCCCAAGCCCUUUUCUUCACGUUCAUUUAUAUUGGUUCCUGGGCGUUUGAAAAGUCGUCCCCGUUUACAAAUAGCGCACAUGUAGGCUCCACAUGAGUUUGAUGGGGACAUUUUUCAUGUUAUAUGCGCAGAAUAGAAGUUCAGAGAGGUGAACUGAACCAGUGAUUGCAUAUUGCGACAAGUAGCCAAGUAUUUUAGAGUAUCAGUUUAACAUUCUCUUUUUAAACAGAUUCAAUCUUGUGGUUUUGAGUUUGGUCUUCCUCUCUGUUACCCUUGGAAAAAAGCCUACACCCGAGCAAAUAGUAAUUUGUGCUGUGAAUUAAUUUCGCUUUGAAGAUUCUUUUGCCACUGCUAUUCUACCUCCCAAGACUACUCAAAACUUGUUCAAGUUGUUGGUGGAUGUUUUUUCUUUUUAAGAGACGUAGAUGGUAAUUGUGUGGAUAGAACUGAGUGCCAUGGACUUGUUUCUAUUUUUUGUGUGUGGGGCAUAUUUUUUGAGCAGGUGAUUGAUGCCCAAAUUUUCCAAUCAAUGUAACAAGAUUCAGAGGAAAUGGAUUGACAACUGAUUAAAGGAUCGGAGGUUGGGAUUUCCUCGGCCAAAGAUAAACUUGGGACAGAAACUCUCCGUUUUAUCUGGGUGCAGCGGACUAGAUCAAGGGAGAUAAUUUAGAGGAGCUAAAAAAAAGGGACAAAGAAUUGAAGAUCGAACAAAUAGUCCACCUUUUAAGAAAAACAGUUUUAGGAUUCUGAUGAUUUAACCAAUGUAAACCAUAACCAUUACACCCCACGGUUGCAAUUAGUACAAGUACGUACUUCAUAAAGUCUCAAUGUGUAACAGGCUAAAGUUAAGGGCUUGGAACUUGAGAAAUAUUCCACGGGUCAUCAUUUUGGCAAUCUACCAUUUUGGAAAUGUGUAACAGUCUGACGUGAUUCUGCAUAUCCUUAUUAGCACAUCCAUUCCACAAAUUUCCAACUUUGACCACUUGCACCUAGUUAUGCCUAUUUGGUGUCACCAAAACAUCAGAAUUUGCAUGAAGGCUGUGGGUUCCAGGACUCGAGGUUCUUGAUCCUUGAGUCCACACUUUAAAGACAUUUCAAGAAAAAAAAAGAAACCUGCUGUACUCUCGAAAAUCCUGAGGAUGGAGGUAAUGAUAACUGCACGGGUGAGCAAAUGCUUGUUGUGGAUAACGACAACACUUGGUGGUGCCUCAUUUUAGGUGGGCCUUUCUUGAUAACUAGGGCAUGCAGAUGUGAAUGACCGGUUUCUCUUACUGGAGUAGUAUCCAUGAGGAGCAUUAUUCGUGUUGCCAUUUCUUUUAAAUGUGAAAAAUGGUCCCUUCCUAAAACUAAAUUGUGCAUUCAUAAAUCCUUUUUAGGUUUGCUCUUCUUAUUUGGAGUGUAUUCUAGGAUUAGGUAUUAAAGAUGGUGCGAUAUGUCCAACUUUGCGUUUUUUGUGAGUAGCAUACUCUCCAUUUAUUCGAGUAAAGAUUGUCUUUCAUUCUGUGCAUUUUCUAGCCUUGUUUGUUUGCGGAUACCAUAAUUUUUUUUCCUCUUGAUGUCACAAGCCCAUCUUAAGUAUUGUAUUUUUGGUCAUGAGUUGGUGGAAGGAAAAGUGCAUGAAUUGACGAUAGAAAAGUUGACCCAUAUGUUUAUUGCUGUCUCAUUCUUUGUCAAUCAUCUUCAGGUUUCACGCACUCAGCAUUUGCUUUAGGUUACGAGGCAGGGAUCAACAGAAGUCCUGUUGAUGGAAAUUUGAUUCCUCCCGGUGCUCUCGUUACAUUUGUACAAAAAGGUCUUCAAUACAUAGAAUUGGAAGCAAAUUUAAGCAAUGUAAGUUUUCUGACUCAUGUGAAAGCCAUGCAAAUGUUUCUUUUUCAUCUUGACUUUUAGCUAUGUACUUUCAGAAGGGUCAUGAACUGAUUGUUAGAUCGCUUGCUUUGUUUCUGCUCAAUGGCACCUAUUCCCCCAUUUCUCAGGAUGGCCAUGACGUAGAUGAUGAUUUCUCACUUUUGCAACCGUUGGACCUUAUCACUAAAGAUUUUCAUGAAUUGCGACGAAUUAUAAAGGAGAAGAAGGAAAGCCUUGAAAGGGACCAAAACAAGGGCAAGGAGAAAUCCAAGGACUCCAAUCGAGAAAAUGAACAUGAGCUUGCAUACGGAAAGGAGAAAGAAGUACUGGAGAGAGAAAAAGAGAAAGAAGAGGUUAGAGAUAAAAUAGAGAAAGGUAAAGAGCAAGAAAACGGUAAAGAUAAAGACAAAGAUAAAGAUAAACAACAAGAGCAGCAUACAGAGAAAGAAUCUGCAAGAGAGCAUGAAGAUAAGAUCGAACUUAAAACUGAAGAACAUGGAAUUUCUGAAGGUACGUGGACUCUUAGCUCUCAUCUCCGUGCUGUUUAUUAUGUAAUGGCGACUGUAAUGAGCUUUAAUGUGGAAUGCUGAUUUUCAUCAUUCUUAUUGUCUUCGCUUUUCCUAUUUAUUAACUGCCAGUUUAGGAUUUAAAAUCUUUACAUCCAACCAUAAAAUUCUAUUAAAAAUAAUAUAUAUAUAUAUAUAUUUAAGACUUUGUCACUUAAUUCGAAGUUUGCCCUGUUUAUAAGUUCCUAUUAUCAGAAUCAAACUUUAGAGAAUAAAAUAUGCCUCCAUCUUUCCUUUUCGUGCACCAGAUACGGUGCUACAAUACAACGUCCUCCUCAUCCUAUGAAAUCCUGCAUUAUAGUUUUUAACGUUUAUUGUCAGCUGAGAACCGUGUAAAAUGCUGAUCCCUUGUUUUGAAUUGUGAGCCAUUAUCCCAUGCUGCCCUCAAUCUAUUAUUCUUCUCUUUCUGAGGCCUUCAUUGCGGCACAGUGAAAGCUAUAUGUCCUAAAAGUAGGUCUAACAGAGCAAUUUUAACCUGAUAAUUUUUAAGUGCAACAUCUUAUGCUUUUGAUCAUCUUAUGUAAGUGCAACAAAUUAAAUCCUGCUUUGAUCAUCUUAUGCUUUUGAAAUGUAGUUGAAUUCUUUAAUUUACCAAUUCAACCUUUUUGGUAGUUUAUAUAGACUUAAGGCGUACAGUCCCUUUGCCUUUGUCUUUUGAGGAAGGAAACAUUCGUGUAUAUACCAUCUACAGUUCUAUUUUUCUGUUGACAAAGUACAAAUUGCAACCUAAAAGGUAGUUUAAAUCCUCCAUAAGACUUAUUAACACUCUCGCUAAAGUUUUUCUUGGCCUGGUAUUUCCUUUUACUGGUUCAUAUAAGGUAAAUCAAGUGGUCGGGGAAAAGAAUGUCAUCUUCAGUCUUUCAUAUGAUAUAAGAUCUACUUAACCACAUAUCAAUGGUCAGGAAAAAUAACGUCAUUGCGGAUCUUUAAUAUAAUUAAGAACUAGUUGACCAUAUAUUGAUGAGAUAAACCUUAUGAUGUUUUUAUUGAAUGACACAUUAGAGGCAACUAUUUGAAGAAAGUGUUAGGUAAUCAAUAAACUAAAAUUUAACUAGGAAUAAAACAUGCUGCAUUGGAUAACCUCCUUCUUGGACGAUUGGGAUGGAAUUUCUAUAUACUUUAUUUUUUCUCUUUUUCUUUUUAUUUCUACAGUGUUACGUUGAAGAGUGAGUUUACAUUUUAUGUCAUUUAGUGGACAUCACGUACCUAACACAAUUAACUUCAAAAUAAAAGGUUCUCUUGCCAAAAUUCCUUCGUGUGCUGGAAGGGUAGAGCUUCAAAAAUCUUAAAAUCUUACAUUCGUGGAAGCUUGUAAGUUUCGUUUAUCAAGGAACUUUUUGGAGAUUAGAGAUUUAAAUUGUCAAUUUCAUAAUGUUUUCACUUCCAAAGUAGACAAGUGGCUACGUUUUCAGCUUUUUUAACUACUCCGUGGGGAGAAUGGUCGUUCCAAUUUUGAAGGUGUUGACUUGGGUGUCUGGUGUCAACCGUUGAAAAGCCAGUCUGGGUGUUGACAUCUGCAUUGUAUGUGUGACAACACGCAGGAUCUCCUAUUUCUUUGUUCAUGUCUAAACGCAAAUCUCACAGGUGUAGAUCCUUGGUCGUGGAUUUCAGCCAUCAUGUCAACACUUAUUUUUCAAGUUUCAAAUCCUGUGUAAUUUGCUUUCCUCAUGUUGCUUUAGUUGCCAAUCUUUAAACGUUAGGUCUCAAUAUUUUCAUCUUACCACUUGAAUAUUGUGUCACUAGAUACAUUGUGGGCACUGUUCUAUAAUAUUUUACACUUGAUAGGAACUCCAUGUCCUUCCUUUUUCUGUCAAGAAUGGGAAUUUAUGGGGAGACGUGGUUGUUUGAUUGCGAUUAAUUUAUUUAAUAGUUAUCUUAUGUAAGGGCUCAGGACAUAAUUUAGGUGUAAAUUUUUCAUUACCAACCAUACUGUCUCAACUUGCAGGCUCUUUGUUGUUGUGUCCAUAUGAUUUACCAUCUUUCUAUGUAUUCAUUUAGAAUCGGUGCAUUUUCCCUUGGCUCGCUUAAUUUAUCAUUUUUUCGGUCGUAAAUUCAUUCAUUGGAAUUAUAUAACAUUCUUUUUUUGUAAGCAUUACUUUUUACCUUUUUUCUUAGGUCCUGAGCCAAUGGAUAUCACUAGUAGCUCUCCACCUUCACCUGUUGAAGUUCCCAGUUCUGAUGUGACUAUUUUAGGAGGCCACACAUCUGAGGUCUGAAUUGUUAUUGUUAAUGUGUCCUUUCUUCCCCUUGAAAUUGUUUUCUUUGCGAUAUCCCCCUAGUUUUGAGCCAGUGGCUAUUGUUAUAGGUGUCAGGUUGUAAGUAUAUGCUUGUUUCUCCUCACAGGUGUUUGCAUGUGCAUGGAGUCCAACAGGCUCCCUUCUUGCAUCUGGGUGGGUAUAUUUCUUUUCGCCUAUCAGUUGGUAGUGUUCCCGUAAUGCUCUGAUCUAGGAGUUUUUCUUUUUCGUUAUGUUUUCCAAUUUAGCUAUUCAUUUACUCGAUUGCUACGUACGUGGAAGCUUUUUCCAUGCCAUACUUAAAAUCUCCUUGGUUUGAGAUACAUCUAUUCUUCUAUUCGUGAUGCUGGACUUCUUGGUACAAUUCGAAUGGCUUUAUUUUAUAUGCUUACUGUUAGCAUUUUUACUCAUCUUUGCAGCUCAAGAUAUUUUAUUUUGUGGUUUUGGUUGUUAAUCCAGGCUGUUUCUGACGCAUGAUAUUGCAAAAAAUUAUGCACAAAUUAUGGCAUUGUGCAUUUGCACUUAACUGCCCCCUGUAAACUGCGACUGUAUACAAAUGUCUCUUCCUGUUUACUGAUCAUUUGAUAGUGUGAAUAAAGUUGUGCCUCUUUCUCGUUUUCUCGUCAAUGGAUCUGUACCUGUUUCUAUUAUAUGAUGUGACUGUGUGACCGGAGUGGAAAAAAAAGCGAGAUGCAUUCAGUUUAAUGUUUAUAUUCUAUUAUCUUUAGAAUGCUUGCAUUAUCUAUUAGUCGCAGGAUCAGUUUUCUCAUUUUUCGUAAGAUGGGUGCAUUGUGGGUAUUAUGAUUGUAUUUAGUUCUUUUUUUUUUCUGUAUAAAUCGUCAAAUAUAUUUCAUUGUAAAACAUAUUGUGAGUAUUAUGGGUCUUUUGAUUGUUGUCUCGUGAGCCAUAUGAAAUCGGCCUAUAAUUCCGAAGCACUCUCAUCCUUGCCCUUGUAUCUGCCAAGUGUUUAUCAAAAAUAUCCAUUGAUCGGUUGAUUGGAGUGCGUUUAUGCAUAUAUUUGUCCAAGAUUAAAAAAUAGCUUUUUGAGCGUACCAAAUGGCUUCAUUUUUUCCCCACAAUUAAAUGAGUAAAAUUUAUGUGGUGAAUUAUCCCUCCUUUUUGUGUUGGCACUGAGGUUUCUAGAUCAUUUUUUCAGCAUUAGCAAUGCCCCUGAUAAACUUUGAUCAUAUGCUCUUGAAAGUUAUGGUUUUCAUCCUGAUUUAUAGUUUUUAUUACCCACUUAUGAUGUUCGUUUUCAUUGCAUCUAUAGGUCUGGAGAUUCAACCGCACGCAUCUGGACUAUACCACAGGGUCAUUGUGGUUCUAGUACACAGAAUGAACCGCCAAACUCGUCAGUUUUAAGACACUUUCGGGGUAGAACCAACGAGAAGAGCAAAGAUGUUACAACACUUGAUUGGAACGUGAGUUUCUCAGUUUAUGCAUUGUAUCUGCUAUGCUCAAUGCAUGACCCCUUUCCCUCUAAAUAUAUUAUUCCAUGUAUCAAACACACAUAUGCACAUCGCGCAAACUCAUCACACCUGAUACUUGCUAAAUGUUCCUGCUGGAGCUUUUUUUAUAGUUAAUUCUUUGUUGCUAAUUUCCAUCUUGUUACUCUUUAGGGAGAAGGGACGCUACUUGCAACGGGUUCUUAUGAUGGUCAUGCGAGAAUAUGGGAUAGAGAAGGUUAGCUAUUCUCUGUCCAAUGAUGGUACCUAAUCACGUGCUGCAGCUAGCACCAAUGGCCGUCUCACUUUUACAUAAUCUUGAAAAUUUAUCUGCAAGAAUAUCGUGAAUUUUUUCCAAAAUAUGGAUUAGCUCCUGAAGUCAUUCAAAAAAAUAUAUAUAUUUUGCACGUGGGAAGCCAUUUUACAAUACUGGCAUGCCUGCGUAACAAGUAUGGUUUCCUGCAGCUUGUCCAAUUUUUUCACAGUUUCUUCUUACAAUAGUUGCAUUCCCCAAUAGUAUACCUAUCAUCACUCUUUCCUUUUGUCAAUGAUAUCUUUAUAUUUUAUUGCGUGUUUUAAUGAAGUCAUAAUGUUACAUGCUUGAUAGUGUCUAAACCUUUCUUUUUCGUUGGGCAUGAUUUAGUCCUAUAUUCUGUCUGUGUUGACCUGCUGACCAGGGGAUUUGAAGAUUACCUUGAGCAAGCAUAAGGGUCCAAUUUUCUCUUUGAAAUGGAAUAAGAAGGGUGACUUUCUCCUUAGUGGAAGUGUUGAUAAGACAGCUAUCGUGUGGGAUGUAAGAACUGGAGAAUGUAAGCAACAAUUUGAGUUUCACUCAGGUAUCAUGUUUCUCACAAGUAUGGCUUCUGUGAUUCUCUACAUACACAAGAAUGCCAUAUUAAUGUGAAAUUAUUUUUGCAGCCCCCACUCUCGAUGUGGACUGGAGAAACAAUGUUUCGUUUGCUUCAUGUUCAACAGAUAACAUGAUUUAUGUUUGUAAAGUUGGUGAGACGCGCCCCAUCAAAGCUUUUGCUGGACAUCAGGUUUGUUCAUGAAAUGAAGUACACAUACUUUUCAUUAGCAUUGCUUGUGUUGAAGCCAAAGACUUUUUCUUUAGCCCUAAGUUUACUUGCUCAACUUUAUGGGCAUACGCUAAUUAUAUUUUCGGGUUGACUUUUAAUUUAACUAAAUUUCUUCACUGAGCUCAUGCCACGAGGAACUGGGAACAUACAUGACGCAUCUUUGCUGAACAUAAGCCAACUUUUGGAAUAUCUUGCUGCCCCAUUUUGUAGAAUUUUGUUUAUUUGUGAUGUUGUUAUGUUUGAUGCCGAAUACUGAUAACCAGUCAAAUAAUCUAGGGAAACCUACAGUUUAUCAUCUGUGACGUAAGAAGCCUCUAAUUGUAACUUGUGAAAUCUGCUGGUGGCCUUAAUGCACCAAGUAAAUGUAUAUGCAUAUGCUUAUAUACGUGUCAGCAGCAAGUCACAGUAUGUGCCGAGGGAAGAUGAAUGGAAUGUUAAACUCCCGUGUUAUUCUUAGCACCAGAUUGUGAGUAUGCAGUAGACAUUAAGUGGUCUGAAGUGACAUCAGAAUUAUAGAUACGGAAUUCUGCGACAAGGGCUUUUGGGUGAUGUUGUCAUCAUGACAUUCCAACUUGCCCUUAAAGGUGUUUGACCUCGUCUUUAAUCGCGUGGUUUUUGUGGUUGCUGCCAAGUUCAAUCAAAAAAGGAAUGCAAAACUCAUAUUACACAGCUUAUUAUUUAGAUGAAACAAUUAUAAAUAUGAAAUAGGGGCCUAAUUCCUGAAAUAUCAUGUUCUUGGUGGAUGAUAUAGCGGGCUGCAUCUUACUGCUAAAUCGCGUGGUUUUUGUGGUUGCUGCCAAGUUCAAUCAAAAAAGGAAUGCAAAAUUACACAGCUUAUUAUUUAGAUGAAACAAUUAUAAAUAUGAAAUAGGGCUCUAAUUCCUGAAAUAUCAUGUUCUUGGUGCAUGAUAUAGCGGGCUGCAUCUUACUGCUAGUUACCCUUUUAUUUCGGUCAGGGAGUAAGGAAGAAAGGUGAUGGUAAUAGCAAGUUUACGACUCCUUGAAUAUUAGGUGAUUUGCAUUUUUACAUCCCAAAAUGGGUGUGCUUUUUCCCAUAUAGAUAACUAAAUGGGCCUUAGAAUUUCAGAUUCCUCCACGGGAUGAUGUGACACCUGGCCACCGUGUGACAGAUGAUGCCCCUUUUCUCACACUUUUGUCUGAGCAUUGAAGUUAUUAAUGAAGUUAAAAGACACAUCUUUUUCUUCUUUUUUGGUUUUUCCAAACUUCAAUGUUCAUCAUGGCUUUUUUUUAUUAACAGCACUCAUAUAAGUUACUGAAAUAGAAGAAUCCAUCAAUAACAUGCCUUACAAAGUAUGUAGCAUCUGUAGUUAAAAGAGGUAUGAUGUGAUGAAUCAUCUUGCACUAGGCCCUGGUUAACAAUCUCAAAACUAAGAAAGAAAUCUCUGUCUGAUUGUGUAAAAUCCCCAGCAAUUAUAAUAGAUCUUGCUCGUCCAAUACAAGUUUAGCAUUCCCUCUCCUUUUUCGUCUGGAUGUGUGUAUCUGGGGCAGAUUGGUAGUAAUCGCAGGAUUGGUGUGUAGGACAGGCAGUUGCAACCUACCCUAAGAGGGUGGCAAUAUUUCCAUGACUUUGGUUUAGAUAUCACACUAGUUGAAAUUUUAUUUUAACCAUCCUAGGAGCCUAACCUAAUGCAAAGUUUCCGUGGGAUUGCUAUGUUUGAUUAUUCUUGGUGGGGUUGCUUUAAAAAAUUUCUUGCUUUAAUAUGGGUAGCACAAGGGGUUGAUCUUUUUUUUUUCCUGAUACUUAAUUAUACGAUAUUUGUAUCAUAUGUUGUCUUCAUUUGACUUCUGAAACCUGGGAAGACUAAGCGGCGUCAUUUGUCAUUUCAGGGUGAGAUUAACGCCAUAAAAUGGGACCCAACUGGUUCAUUGUUGGCGUCCUGUUCUGAUGAUAUGACUGCAAAGGUGCUCAUUUUGCUGGAUGCUCAGUUUUUGGUCAUCAUAUUUUGAUCCUAAUUUUGGAUUUUUCAGAGGCUUUUCAUAAAUAAAAAAUUCCGAAGCAUAUGGAUUAAAAAAAAAUUCUUGUGCAAUAAUUUCAUGGACCUGAUUGGGCAAACAAAGAUUGACAGUUCCUACUAAUCUUGGCAGAUUUGGAGCCUGAAGCAGGACAAAUUCGUCCAUGAUUUCAAGGAUCACCAGAAGGUGGGUUGGGCCACCUCUCUCGGUGCCACCAUCUUCUUCCUCUCAACUAUCGAAUAAUUAGGAGCUUUUUGUUUAAUUUCUUCAGGAGAUCUAUACAAUCAGGUGGAGUCCUACUGGCACCGGCACAUGCAACCCCAAUCAGCUGGUGCUGGCAAGGUAAUCUGUUCCGUCAUACUGGGCUGGUUGGUGAGGUCAACCACCUGUUUGACCUCCAGACUCCAUCCUCAUCUGUUCUUAUGGAGACACAUUAACUAUUCACUUUAAAUCCGUGAUUUUUAGAGCCUUCUCUGACUGAAAAUACCCCGCGGACUGAUUCUUAUUCAGAUGAUCUAGUUUUUUCUUAUUUUAAAAAGAUGGGUUUUAUAAUUUUCUCACAAUAUUUAUCGGGUGGAGAGAAAAAAAAAUUCUUUCACAUUAGGUCAACCAUCUCUUGCCCUUUUUUGCAGUGCCUCCUUUGACUCGACCGUAAAGCUAUGGGAUGUGGAUGCUGGUAGGCUCCUGCAUAGCCUCAAUGGCCACAGGUGCUGAUCGAGCUCUGUCCCUCCUCGUCUGUCUAUAAUCCGAAAAUAUAUAAAUAUUUAUUAAUUUGGUGUGUAAAAUGAUGUUAAUAUAUGGAUCAGGCAACCGGUGUAUUCCGUGGCAUUCAGCCCGAACGGGGAGUUCUUGGCCAGUGGAUCAGUUGACCAGUGCCUCCAUGUGUGGUCCCUCAAGGAGGGGAGGAUCAUCAAGACCUUCCGCGGCGGCGGCGGGAUCUUCGAGGUCUGUUGGAACAGGGAGGGCGACAAGAUCGCCGCCUGCUUCUCCGACAACACCGUCUGCGUGGUUGACUUCCGAAAGUAG